GGUGAACAGUUUCCUUUCUUGGGGUGCCUGGAUUCCGCUGUCCCGACUCACAUUCGGCACCUACCUGUCGCACGUGAUGGUCAUGCAUUAUUUCAACAACAACGCGAGGAGCUUGGCUUAUGUUACAGCCAAUUACAUGGUUGAGCGUUACCUGGCAGUGUUUGUCCUGUCGUACGCCAUCUCUUUUGUCCUGUCCAUGCUUAUCGAAACUCCGGUCCGCAACCUCAUAAAACCGGCGAAAAAAUCACCAGCCCCAAAUGUGGAGGGAAAGAAAAACCAGCCAAAUUCAAACACAUUUGAACCCGUUCUUUCAACAAUAACCACUGAAUCGGGAGACUGCCAAAAUCUGAAACUUUCCAAACCGGCAGUAUUCAGCAUUCAAAACGACUACACAUCAUUUCUGGGCACUGGCGCCAAAUCUGGUAACGACGAGGACUCUGCCUUGUCGUCUUCCGUUCGAAGCUCGGAACCAUCUCAGCGGGGCGCUCUUACCGACACAGAAAGCGGCCAUCAUUACUAUUCGGAUCUGUCGAGGAGUACGAGCUCCAGUGAGAUGUCUGAAGGGUACCCAGCCUUGGAGGAAAGUCGGGUAACUUUCAGUGAUGAUCCCAGUCGGGAGGCUAAUGGUAGCCUCCAAAAGGUUUCCAACACCCCUCAAACCGGAUCGGACCCGGAACAGAGUCGCCCGACUUUGAACGGUGAGCCGGAACAUGGCGAGAUAAAAACAGGGGAAGAUAAUCAUGGGUUCCAGGUCGACGAUGCUGUCACUCUCAAAGCGCCACAGGAAGAGGGAGCCAGAGAAGCUAAAAAUAGUAACAUUGGAGGAGAUAAUGCUGUUGCUAUCCGGAUGUGAUUCAAACAGCUGCUGCUUUAGAUUCUGAUUACCUGUUUCUUGUUUUAUCUAACUAGCUCUCUCUAUCAAACUAAUUUCUUUCUUUCUUAAUCCCCCCCCCCUUUCCACUCUCUCUU